UGUCUUGAUACUCAGUCCAGGAUUGAGUUCUUCAAGAUGUUGAAAGCUUUUUUGAUUCUGCUCCUUGCCAAUGGGUUGUGGGCACUUCCGGUCGAUUCGGAUUCGAGCCGAACAGCCAAAGUAGAAGUGCCGUCGCUGGAGUUACAACCCCCAAAGGAGGACGCGGAGACAGCUGAUUUCAAUGAUUUUAAUGUUGACGUUCUGAACGAAAAUGUGACGCUUGCAACUGAAUUAUUACCUCCGAAGGAAGAUGAAGAGACUCGUCAUGGGAUUGUCUUCAUCGUUAAUCUUUUCGCGGUGAAAAAUGAAACGGAUGAAGAGGAUCCAAAAGAGGUUCUCACUGAUGAUAUCAAGGCCGCGGUACCAGCAAUACUCGAACCUGUGGCGACGAUUCUCCUCGUCGUCGAGGAGGACGACGAAGGUGCACUGGUCAGUCUUGACGAGCUCGCCAAGGAGCUCGAGGAAGAGGGCAUCAAGGUUGAGAAAAUAGGUGAUGAUGUGGAUACAAAGGUCAUCAGGGUUGACUUCGAUGGAGAAGUGUCUGGUGAGGAUUCCGAUGUCCGGGAGUUGCAGCCGAAGAAGCUCAACCGAAUACGAAGAUCACCCCAUCUCAUCAGCAAACUUUUAGAGAAGAAAUUCGGUGGCGGCGGUGGCUGCAAUACCUGCGGCGGUGGUUAUCAGCCACCACCACCUCCACCUCCCUGUUACAACUGCGGUGGUGGACACUACGGCGGUGGUGACCGUACAAUCGUUAUACCUGUGUAUGAACAGCCUCGGUACCAACCUCAACCUCAUUACCAGCCACAGCCUCAUUAUCAGCCACAGCCUCAUUAUCAUCCCGGUGGCGGUCAGUGUGAUGUCUGCAAUGGACGAGGUGGUGGUGGCGGGAAUCAUGGAUCGUACAGUCAGGCCUCUGCGCAGGCUUCCUCCGGUAGUUGGUAAAAAAAAUCACCGCCCGUUGUUCCACUUGAAGACUAUUUAUCUCAAUUCCCACAAUUCAUCGAUGUGUUAUGAUUCCAACGUACCCUGAAGACAUUUUUUUUGUAAUGUUAAUUGCAUGAUAAUUUUAAUGAACAUUUUAAAAAAUAAA